AUGAAAACUCCGUGCUUCGAGAGAUCAAAGAGAAAGCCAGAAGUAUUAUCCGGCUAUGUCCUCUCCAACACUGUUACUUGCAAGUUGGACCCUUUGCAAAAGGCGAUAGUUGAGUUCUCACAUAGUACGAGUGAUGAGAACGAUUCUACGGAAUUUGUGGAGACUACGAAGUGCAAGGUGUGCCGGUUUCAUUUGCUGAGUUUGAAACGUACUGUAUGGCUGAAUCGUGUCAUUGUUGGGGCAUUUGGAUUCUACCUCAACGACCUGAAUGUCACGAAGAAUGGGAAGCUGACAAAAUGCAUCUUCCCUAUGGUUUUUGCUGACAAGGCAACUGCAAAUUUUAAGAGUGGGGAAACAAUAACUGCAAGUCUCCUGGAUGAGGCAUUUGCCACACUUGAUCGAGAUCCAGUAUUUGAAACUGCAGACUUUAAAGAAUAG